CCCCUAUUGCACAGGGCGGACGGUUCUCUGUUCUUCAUCCGCCGCCGUCAGGUUUCUUCGAGUCUUCACUUCAGCAGUCGGCGCUUCGCCUUUGCUCUGCGCACGUAGCGGUGCUUCUCCCAGCCGUCUGCGCUUCGCCUUUGUUCAGUUUCAUUCCGAAGAAGGAUGAAAAAUCGAAGGCAAUCUAGUGGCACUUAUUUUGGUCCAAGGUUGAACAUGUUAUCAAGACUGAGGAUGGCGCAUGUCUCAUCACCGAAGAAACCGAGGAAACAUAAUAGUAGGUUUAGAUCUCAACGCAUGAAAAGAAUCCUAGAAGAAGUCAAGAAGAGUCAGAUUGGACACAUGAGAAAUAGAAAAGAUAUUGGCGUCACAAACCAUGCUCAUGUGCUUAGUGGCAAGUUAUGUUCAUCCAAAAUGACCAGCGAGAAAAUAUGCAAGAGCAAUUACAAUGUGAGGGAUCAACUAGAUAACUUUGUAUCACAAGAAACCAGGCCAAAUGUUCCCAAGAGAGGUAAUGUUGAACACUCAAAAACCAUUACAAUGAAUGAAAAUUUGGCCUCAUUGGCAAAGAGUGCUGGCACAUCAAACCAUUCCCCAGCUAUGUCAAAGCAUAUGGAUCAAGCUCUUACAUCAAAGGUCAAUAAUCAUUCGAUUCCGUCGUUGAAGGAUAUUAAGCACUCAAAGUACUCCGGAUUUGUGAAUGUACCUUCUUCAGAAAAACUGGAUAGGGCUACCACUGUAAGGCCAACGUAUAACUCAAAUGAGAUGUUGAGACCUUUGGAGCUUUCUGACCAGUCAAGGAUGAAGCAAGGAUUCAUUCAAUAUUCAAAUAGCAGCAAAAGGUCAAUUUCACUGUCAAAUCACUUGAAGGCAAUGCCAGGGCUGGUUCACAACACAAAGGGGCGGUCAAAUCUUGAUCAACGAUCAGCCGAGUUGAUGCAUAAUACGGAUGGGCCAGAUGGAUGCAAUGGUAGAACCAAUGAUGGAAAAUAUAAGAUGAGGAUGAACGAACCACUGCCGUUGGAAAAGACUGAGAUACAUGAUGACAUUGAUCAUAAGAUGAUGAAGAAACGGAGAAAAUACAUAGAAACAAAUGAGGAGGGACAAGAUGAUAGCGGUGACCAGAGUCAUGAGAGUGAUGAGGACGAUACUACUAGAUUACCUUCACCUGAUGCUUCUUUGAAGGAUUGUCAUGCCAAAGUCUCCAAAUCAUUUGUUUCCAACUGUGUCGAGCAGCAAUGCGAUUGUUGCUCCAAGCCCAUCGACGAACCCGUUUGGAGUGGAAUCCUUAAGAUCGGCAGUAAGGAGUAUAUAUCGUUGACUGGACAUUUGUCAACCAAGUCAGGCGAGAGAGUGUGGAAUUUGUCAAGAUCAUUGCGGCGAGUGGUUGAAGUGACUAAAGUUUGUAGGUCGGAGAUCUGGCCUAAGAAAUGGGAGGCAUCAAGACCUACCGGUGACAACAUUGGCUUGUACCUCUUCCCCUAUAAAAUGAGGCCUGAUAAAUAUCUGGAUCAACUAGUUAAGGAAGUCAUGGAGAAUGAUUUAGCCCUACGGGCAGCUAUGGAUGAAUCUGAAAUGCUUAUCUUCCCUUCUAGUCUACUGCCUAAACGAUAUCAGACGUUCCAAACAAAACAUUAUCUUUGGGGUGUAUUCAAGCCCCUGGAAGUUGAAGGGAAACAGGGAGAUGAAUCGCGUCACAAGGAGCGCACCGCUGAAGCUACAGCAGUUGUUGCUAAUGCCACUACAAGCGUUCCCGCUGAAGCUCCUGCGGUUGCUACUAAUGCUCCUGCCGUGCACACUGAAGCUCCUGCCAUACCUACCAAAGCUCAUACUGUACCCGCAAAUCAUGGCCUGAUGGACUCGAGCAUGGGAGCACCUCCGGGCAGGGUGGUUAGUUUUGUCGUCCGACAAACUCCUAGGGUCGAGCAACUCAUUCAGGAGAUGGAACGUGAAGGUGCACUGGUAGUUGCUAUGCAGGGGGAGAUGAUAAGUGCUGGGUCUUGGGCAGGCAACGUCGCAGCCGCAAUGCAGUAAGAGCAGGGCUU